GGCACCCCCGUGGCGGAGGAGGAGGAGAGGCCUGCGCCGCCUUGCAGGGGCGGCGGCCGCGCUCGGCAACAACACGCACCAGUGUGUCUUCGAUGACCUGAGUGGCUCCGUGUCCCUGUCCUGGGUGGGCGACAGCACCGGGGUGAUCCUGGUCCUGACGACAUUCCAGGUGCCCCUGGUCAUCAUGAGCUUCGGGCAGUCCAAGCUCUACCGCAGCGAGGAUUACGGGAAAACCUUCAAGGAUAUCACGGGGCUCAUCAACAACACCUUCAUCCGCACCGAGUUCGGGAUGGCCAUCGGGCCCGAAAACUCCGGCAAGGUGAUCCUGACGGGGGACGUGUCCGGGGGGUCCCGGGGGGGGAGGAUUUUCCGCUCCUGGGAUUUCGCCCGGAAUUUCGUGCCCACCGAGCUGCCCUUCCACCCCCUGGCCCAGAUCUCCUACAGCCCCCGCAGCCCCCGCAGCCUCCUGGCACUCAGCACGCAGAAUGGGCUCUGGAUCUCCUCGGAUUUCGGGGAGCACUGGCGGGAGAUCCACAAAUCCGUGUGCUUGGCCAAGUGGGGCGACAACGACACCAUCUUCUUCACCACCUUCCUGAACGAUUCCUGCAAAGCUGAUCUGGGAUUCCUGGAGCUGAAGAAAACCCCGGACCUGGGCAGGAGCUUCCAGGUGAUCGGCUCCCGGAUCUAUUCCUUCGGGAUGGGCGGCCGCUUCCUCUUCGCCUCCGUCAUGACGGAGCAGGGCUUCACGCGGCGCAUCCACGUGUCGCUGGACGGGGGGGACUCGUGGAACAUGGCCCAGCUGCCCUCGGUGGGACACGAGCAGUUCUACUCCAUCCUGGCCGCCAACGACGACCUCGUGUUCAUGCACGUGGAUGAGCCCGGAGACACGGGAUUCGGGACCAUCUACACGUCCGACGACCGCGGGAUCAUCUACUCCAAGUCCCUGGAGAGGCACCUGUACACGACCACGGGCGGGGAGACCGACUUCACCAACGUCACCUCCCUCAGGGGCACCUUCAUCACCAGCGUCCUGUCUGACGACAAUUCCAUCCAGUCCGUGAUCACCUUCGACCGGGGGGGGCAGUGGGUGCCCCUGCGCAGACCCCUCGACAGCUCCUGCGACUCCACCGCCCGCAGCGGGGACCAGUGCAGCCUCCACAUCCACGCCUCGUACAGCAUCUCGCAGAAGCUCAACGUGCCCAUGGCCCCCCUGUCCGAGCCCAACGCCGUGGGCAUCGUCAUCGCCCACGGGAGCGUCGGGGGGGCCAUCUCGGUGAUGAGCCCCGACGUUUACAUCUCGGACGACGGCGGCUACAGCUGGGCCAGGACCCUGCGGGGGCCCCACCACUACGCCAUCCUCGACUCGGGGGGGCUGCUCGUGGCCAUCCAGCACACCAGCCAGCCCCUCAGCACCCUGCUGUUCUCCCCGGACGAGGGGCAGUGCUGGUACAGCCACACCUUCUCCCCCGAGCCGCUGUUCUUCACGGGGCUGGCGUCGGAGCCGGGCGCUCGCUCCAGCACCGUCAGCAUCUGGGGCUUCCGCGGGGCCUUCCCCGCACGGCACUGGGUGUCCUACACCGUGGACUUUGGGGAGCUGCUCAGCAGGACCUGCGAGGACAAGGACUACACCAUCUGGCUGGCCCACUCCAGUGACCCCAGUGCCCCCAGUGACGGCUGCGUGCUGGGCUACAAGGAGCAGUUCCGGCGCCUGCGCAAGGCCUCGCUGUGCCGCAACGGCCGCGCCUUCGCCGCCAGCCCCCAGCGCUCCGUGUGCCCCUGCACCCUGCAGGACUUCCUGUGUGAUUUCGGGUAUGACCUCCUGGAGACCCAAUCCCCAUUCCCAUGGGAUGCCAUCCCUGUUCCCAGUGAUUUCGG